AUGGCUGAUGGGUUUGUUGACGCCUCGCGCGUCGAGGCCCCAGUCACCAUCAAGACGUACUUGAUGUGUGCUUUUGCCGCCUUUGGUGGUAUCUUCUUUGGUUAUGACUCCGGUUAUAUUAACGGCGUUAUGGGAAUGAGGUACUUUAUCGAGGAGUUCGAGGGCUUGGAUUAUGCGACCACUCCUGCCGAUUCCUUCGUCAUCCCAUCUUGGAGAAAGUCGUUGAUCACAUCCAUCCUGUCGGCGGGAACAUUCUUUGGUGCUCUUAUUGCUGGUGACCUGGCAGACUGGUUUGGUCGUCGUACUACCAUCAUCAGUGGCUGUGUCGUCUUCAUCGUCGGUGUUGUCCUGCAGACCGCUUCGACAUCACUGGGAUUGCUUGUCGCCGGACGUUUGAUCGCGGGUUUUGGUGUUGGCUUUGUGUCUGCCAUCAUCAUCCUGUACAUGUCCGAGAUUGCCCCUCGCAAGGUUCGUGGUGCCAUCGUCUCGGGGUACCAGUUCUGCAUCACCAUCGGUCUGAUGUUGGCCUCUUGCGUCGACUACGGCACCCAGAACCGCACCGACUCGGGCUCCUACCGCAUCCCAAUCGCUCUUCAGAUUGCCUGGGCACUAAUCUUGGGUACUGGUCUGUUAUUCCUGCCAGAGUCUCCUCGUUUCUUCGUCCGAAAGGGCGAACUGGGCAAGGCUGCCAAAGUCCUCGGUCGUGUUCGUGGUCAGCCACAUGACUCGGAAUAUAUCAAGGAUGAGCUGGCUGAGAUUGUUGCGAACCACCAGUAUGAGAUGCAGGUGAUCCCGGAGGGUGGAUAUUUUGUCAGCUGGAUGAAUUGUUUCCGUGGCAGCCUUUUCUCUCCCAACAGCAACCUCCGUCGUACUGUCCUGGGGACCUCCCUGCAGAUGAUGCAACAGUGGACCGGUGUCAACUUUGUCUUCUAUUUCGGAACGACCUUCUUCCAGUCGCUCGGAACCAUCAGCGACCCCUUCCUCAUUAGCAUGAUCACAACCAUCGUCAACGUCUGCUCGACUCCUGUCUCGUUCUACACGAUCGAGAAGUUUGGUCGACGCUCCCUCCUUCUGUGGGGCGCCCUUGGCAUGGUCAUCUGCCAGUUCAUCGUCGCCAUCGUCGGAACUGUAGAUGGCGGUAACAAUCGUGCUGUCAGCGCGGAGAUCUCCUUCAUCUGCAUUUACAUCUUCUUCUUUGCCAGCACAUGGGGCCCCGGUGCCUGGGUUGUGAUUGGCGAGAUCUUUCCCUUGCCUAUUCGGUCGCGUGGUGUGGCUCUGUCGACGGCGUCGAACUGGCUCUGGAACUGCAUCAUCGCCGUCAUCACUCCGUACAUGGUGGACAAGGACAAGGGAGACCUCAAGGCGAGGGUGUUCUUCAUCUGGGGAUCGCUGUGUGCCUGCGCCUUUGUCUACACGUACUUCCUGAUCCCGGAAACCAAGGGGCUUACCUUGGAACAGGUGGACAAGAUGAUGGAGGAGACCACGCCUCGAACCUCGGCCAAGUGGGUGCCGCAUGGCACCUUUGCGGCCGACAUGGGUCUCACCACGCAGGAGGUGACCGAGAAGGCGACGGCUGUGCACCAGGAGGUGUAA